ACCACUUCCUGUGAGAGAAUGCAAGGACAUGCUCAGACCUCAUUGUAGUUUAGGAACUGAAUGGAAUGCAUCUGACGGCAGCUCUGAUGUCACAACAUUUUAACGAGGUGUAAAGAAACAGUUGUGACUGUUUAUUCUGUAUCCAGGUGAAUCAGAGGAUUUGGUACAAUAGAGGAGAUUAUUAAAAAAUGGCUUUCUACUGUCAGAGAGAUUGUUAUGCCACUGAGCUGCUGACAGAAGUGGUGUCCUGCCAUCCUGCCCAGUUGAAAGUGGAAAAUGAAGGCAAGAAAAGCACUGUGUCUGGGUUUAAUAUUUUAUUGAAAGACACUGUACUUUUCCCUGAAGGGGGAGGCCAGCCAGAUGACAGAGGCUUUAUUCAUGAGGUACCUGUGCUUAGAGUAACCCGUCAAGGGCCUGAUGCUGUGCAUUUUGUGCCAUCACCUUUUGAACCUGGGGCUGGAGUGCUGGUGAAAGUAGACUGGAACAGGAGGUUUGACCAUAUGCAGCAGCAUUCAGGCCAACACCUGGUAACAGCCUUUGCAGACUCUUUGUAUGGAUUCAAAACAACCUCCUGGGAACUUGGACGCCAGCGUAGUGUAAUUGAGCUGGAUACACCAUUGGUGACAGUACAGCAGGCAGAAGCUAUAGAGAAGACUGUGAAUCAAAAGAUUCGUGAGCAUGUACCUGUCAAUGUAAGACUGAUAACAGUGGACAAUCCUGAAUUCAAUAAGGUGAGAAGCCACGGUUUGCCAGAUGAUCAUGCUGGCCCAGUGAGAAUAAUUGAUAUUGAAGGUGUUGAUGCCAACAUGUGUUGUGGGACACACGUCAGAAACCUGAGCGACCUCCAGAUGAUCAAGAUUUUGGGUACUGAAAAAGGAAAGAAGAACAAGACUAAUUUAAUAUUUUUGUCUGGACAGAGAGUCUUAAAAUAUGUUUCUCAGAGCUAUUACACUGAAAAGACCUUAACGUCCCUGCUAAAGAAUGGACCUGAGGAGCACAUUGAAGCUGUAGACAAACUGCAAAAAUCUGUCAAAGCACUUCAAAAGAAUAAUCUGAAUUUACUGAGAGAUUUUGCCAUCCUUACCGCAGAAACCUUCAAAAGUAAAGUGGACAGAGGAAAAUUCUUCUCUUUGCACAGAAAAGAAGGGAAUAAUGAGUUCAUGAAUAUCAUUGCUAAUGAGAUCAAAACAGAGGACACACUGCUGUUUCUUACAGUUGGGGAUGAAAAGACCUCUGGAUUGUUUCUUCUAGCUGGGCCGCCAGGGAUUGUUAAGAAAUUUGGGCCCAGAGUUUGUGAAAUUCUGGAUGGUAAAGGAGCAGGAAAAUGUGGUCGGUUUCAAGGCAAAGCAAAUAAGAUGAGGCAGAGGGCAGAGGUUGAGAUUCUACUGCAGGAGGUUAUCAGCAAUGUAAAAAGGACACAGGAGUGAUGUAUGGAGCUAUACAAUAAACAGCCUAAUCCUUUCCAGGGGUAUUGUGUGUUCCACUCAGCAUCUUCAGCACAGAAAGGAAGUCCUGUCCUCACUGGAGCCACACAGUGCUAAUGCAUUUGGCCAUAUGCCACCGUCCAAUAAAUCUGCAGUUUGUCUUCAGGCAAACCCUUAAACACAUUUAAUGGCAGCGCCCUGGCGGAAUGAAGCCAUUGUGUGAGAACAACAUGUUAUAUAUUUAUUUAAAUAUAAAUCACUGAAAAACAUGCAGUAGAAUUACAAGAGUUAACUGUAUGUGCAUAAAGGCUGAUAUUUAUUGCCCAUGUAUGUUGCCUGCCUGACCAGUUGGUAGAAAAUAAUUCUAUCUUAAAAAAAUCCUGUUGGAUAAGGACCACAUUAGUGUAAUAAUUCUCAAAUAAACUUGCAGCUCUACCACUGUC